AAAAGACAAAAACGAUGCAAGGGUGCCCAUCUCGUGGCCACGGGCAGCACACACCGCCGCUUCCUCCUCCUCACCUUCCCUCCACAGCCACUCCUCCCGGCAAGAUGCCCACCAUCAUCUCCUCCUCCUAGACCUCAGCCGCGCCAGCCAUGGCCGCCACCGCCGCCGCUUCCCUUUCCCUCCACCUCCGCCUCCGCCCUCCUCCCUAUGCCCACCGCAGCCCCCUUCGCCAUGCCCCGUUCCUCCUAUCCCCUUCUCCGUCCAUCCCUUGGCCUCCUCACCAUCUUCACGUCGCUAACGGCCGGCUCCCUCCCCCUUGCCGCCCCUCUGUGAAGGCGCAGGCAGGUACCAUCGAGGCUCCGAGCCUCGCGCGCCUUGGGGGCGCCGUAGAGACCGACCGCCUCCCCGCCGACGUGCGCGACCGCGCCAUGGACGCCGUCGACUACUUGGGCGGCCGCGUCACAAUCGGCGACGUCGCCUCCCGCGCCGGCCUGCAGAUUGACCAGGCAGAGCGCGCGCUCCAGGCUCUCGCGGCAGACACCGGGGGCUUCCUGGAGGUUUCGGGGGAAGGGGAGGUGCUGUACGUCUUCCCCGAAGACUACAGGGCGAAGCUAGCUGGCAAGUCAUUCAGAAUGCGGGUUGAGCCACUGGUCGAUAAAGCCAAGGAAGCGGGUGCGUAUCUGGCGCGGGUGUCUUUUGGGACAGCACUAGUUGCUUCCAUUGUGCUUGUAUAUGCUACCAUCAUUGCCAUUCUCUCAAGCUCGAGCAGUGAUGAAGAUAAUCGUGGAAGGCGGCGCAGAUCCUAUGGCUCUACGAUGUUCCUCCCAACAGAUUUAUUUUGGUACUUGGAUGCAGGUUCCUCCAGGAGGAGGCGGGUAGAAAAAGAUAAGGGGAUGAGCUUUAUUGAAUCUGUCUUCUCGUUUGUAUUUGGGAAUGGUGAUCCUAAUGACGGGCUUGAAGAGAGAAGGUGGAAGAUGAUUGGGCAGUAUAUUUCAUCGAAUGGUGGAGUUGUUACGGCAGAAGAACUGGCACCGUAUCUUGAUGUACCGGCACCUGCAGAGCAAACCAACUCCAAGGAUGAUGAAUCAUUUAUUCUUCCAGUUCUUUUACGCUUCCAGGGACAUCCUUUAGUUGACGAUCAGGGAAACAUUCUUUAUCGAUUCCCAUCGCUGCAACGCACUGCUUCCUCGAAAGGAGGUGGGAGUAGGGAAUAUGUUGGUACAAGAUGGUCUACAAUGUCGAGUGGCAUUGAAAAGUUUAUGGAAGAGAAACCAUGGGAAUUCAGUAAAGCAAAUGCAUUAGAGAGGGCAAUGGUUGCUGGUUUGGGAGGACUCAAUCUUUUUGGCGUCAUAAUUCUGGGAAACUUACUGAAGCAAAUGACAAUGACACCUGGUGGGCUUAUCUCAUUUGCUGCGCAGUUAUUUCCCUUGCUUCAGAAUUGUGUACCAAGUCCAAGAGAUACACCCUACCAAACAAACUCAUGUCUCAGCAUGCCUCAACAAAUAACAUCUUAUCUCAGCAUGUCUCAGUGGAUACCGGCUACCAAACACAUCAGGUUGUAUACUCUCAGCAUGUCUCAUCAGAGAAUGGCCAUGUCAGGAUAUAUGCUGGCUCCUUUUUUGCAAUACCAUUAUUUAGAUGGUUGCUGCUACGCAAGACCAACAAUGACAUUGCAAGGAGGAACAAGGCUAGAGAAGAGAGAGCCCAGGAACUUUUGUCGCCAGAACCUUCUCUCAGAAGAAAGUUGCUCAGUGCACGCGACAUGGCUCAGCGGAAGGUGAUUACACCAGGGGAGAUUGUCUACACAACCGAAAAGGAUCUAUUGGAUCAGGAAUAUGAAGUUAGGGAGUGGGAAAGGCGAUUUAAGAAACUUGAGUCAGACUGAUGGUAAUGAUGGAUAAUACUUGAGAUUCAUUUUAUUGAAAAAUAAUACUUGAUUCAUAUUAUAUAUGGAUGGUCCUUUGGUCGUCUGGCAUCAUUCUUGGAUGGAGGAUAGAUCUGACCGAACCAUUCAACCAAGUGGGCAGAAUGCCUAGAUGAGAGACUGGAUGGUUCUUAGGCCCACUGAUGUGCUGUGAAGUUUUUGCCGAAGCAGUCUUUAAUACUACCAUUCAUCAAAGUAAUUGCUGCUGCUGUACAUAUCUGUAACAUUUAGUCUACACACAUGUAUAUAUAGUUGUAGAUCAAUGCACAGAAGCAGGGAAUUGUAAUUCAGAGCUAGGGAAUUGAAAUUCAGAACUGAACACCGGAACCGUAGGACAUGUAAAGGAUAAUGCCGUUAAACUGUUGUCUCAGAUUGGGUUUUCUGGAUCUA